CAAAAGAAUUGGAAAAUGAACUGGAGAAAGUUACGCAAAAUUCAUCAUUUAAGGAUGGGUUAAUUUUCUAUCUUAGAUCCAGGGUAAGUAAUCUGGAAGAUGAAUUAGAUCAAAUUGUUUCGCAACUGCAUCAGACAAUUCAUGAUUCAAAAAUAGGUAGUGCAGAAGUGAACUCAGCCUCAUCAUCCAACGAUUAUAAGCAUAAUGAAGUAGUAGAAGAGAUACCUCAUUUUUCUUCACAUUACUCAGAGCGCGAACCUGAUGAAAAAGGAGAUUAUGAUAGUAUUCUAGCUGUACCUGUUAUUGCGUUAGGAAGUAGCAAUACUUUAGUUAAUGAUCA